AUGCCUUCACCACCGAAGCCCUGGGAACGUGCGGGUGCAGGUGCCGGCGCCGACCUCUCGUCCAGCAGCAUGACCUCUACAGCACCAGCCACCGCGUCCUCGUCGGCUCUCACAACCACCUCGGCCGCUCCAGCCUUGCCCGAACGUCCAUCGACGCUCGGCACUGCUACUGCAGGCACUGGUGCGUAUGGCGCUUCGGCGUACAACUCGCCAUAUCGCAGCACUGUUGGCGGGCUCGGAUCCACCUACGGCGGCAUGGGCUCCACCUACGGCACAUCAUACGGCUCGCCCUACUCUAGAUUGGGAGGCAUGGGAUCAAUGGGUGGAAUGGGCUAUGGCGGCUACGGUGGAUACGGAGGCUAUGGCGGAGGCUAUGGAGGCUACGGCGGUGGGUACGGCGGCUACGGGAUGGGCAUGGGCAUGGGUAUGGGAAUGGGCGGGAUGCCUGGCAUGCCUGGCCAACCUGGCGACGUCUCGCUCACACAACGCAUGGAAGCGGGCACGCAAGCCACCUUCGAACUCAUCAGCAGCAUCGUCGGUGCCUUCGGCGGCUUCGCCCAAAUGCUCGAAUCCACCUUCAUGGCCACCCACAGCAGCUUCUUCGCCAUGGUCGGUGUCGCGGACCAAUUCGCCCAUCUCCGCACCUACCUAGGACAGGUGCUGAGCAUCUUUGCGCUCGCACGGUACCUUAAGAACCUCGGUUUGCGGCUGGCGGGACGGGCUCCUGCGGUCGAGCUCGACGCGCGCGAGUUCAAAGAGUUUGCAGCCCACGGUGCCAAUGGUCAACCGGGCAAGGCGGCUCGACCGAGCAAACGCCCGUUAAUUGUGUUCUUCAUGGCCGUCAUUGGGCUGCCUUACCUCAUGGGCAAGCUCGUCCGGUUCAUUACGGCCAAGCAGGAAGCCGAGCGACAGAGGCUCGAGCAACAAGGUCAGAAUCCGGGUCAAGCAGGCAUGCUUCCCGGUCAACACGGCGGUGGAAUGAUUGCGGGCAACGAGAAUGGGGAGGCUAUCGAUCCAAGCAAGCUCACGUUCGUCCGCGCUCUCUACGCAUAUCCAGCAGCAGACCCCCUCGAACUCAGCUUGCAGCCUAACGAUAUCGUGGCGGUGCUCAGCAAGCAUGAUCCGCAGACAGGUGCCGAGAGCGCAUGGUGGCGAGGUCGAACAAGAGACGGACGACAAGGCUGGUUCCCCGCAAGUUAUACUAUGAGUCUGGAGGAAGCUAAGGAGCGGGCAGCGAAGGCAGGGGCUCCUACGGCGGCGAGCAAGGCGGUCGAGUCGACAGAGAAGGCUGCGCCGAUUAAGACAGCGCCAACUGCCAAGGCGACAUGA